AUGUACAUUUUCAUCGCCGCUUUGCUUCUGAACUCUCUUGUUUUCAGCACCAACAUCUAUCCAAAACUACUUUCGGAUUUUCUAUCUGAGAAACAGACUGUAUUGUAUUCAGCUUGUUAUUUUCAGUUUUUUCUCUUUUAUUCUCUUAGCGGCUCAGAGUUUUUACUGCUGGCAGCUAUGGCCUACGAUCGUUAUGUGUCUAUAUGUAAACCUUUACAAUACGCAACAAUAAGGGGGAACACGGUUAGUAUUUUCCUGAGUUUGGCUUGGCUGGUGCCUGCCAGUGUGACCGGUGUGCAGGUGGUACUCAGUUCCAACAUUAAACUGUGUACAUUGAAUUUGGAUGGGAUCUUGUGUAACAAUUCAAUUUACAAAAUGUACUGUGUAAGCUCAAAGGUGCACAUUGUGUUUGGGGCUCUCUCUGUGGCUUUCACUGCUAUUUUUCCCCUGAUUUUCAUAGUUUUUAGUUACACCAGAAUAUUGAUCAUAUCCUAUCGCAGCUGUAAAGAAGUCAGAAAGAAAGCUGCUCAGACCUGCUCGCCCCACUUAUUCCGAGGCGGUGUUUGA